AUGACCAAACUCAUCGCGCCACAGAAAGAGAUUGUAGUCGAUAGCAACUUGCUUGACGCCCUUAGCACCCGCAAGCGCUACACAGACAUGCUCACAUUACACGACCAAUUGGUGUACUUGCACAAAGGACCCAUACCACCCCAAAUACUGAUGAACUGUGUGUUCCCAGUGCCACGGCUCAUGACCACAAUAGUACACACCCUCCUCAUAGACUCUGAACACCCACAUAACGAGUACAUCUGGCCUUCGUUAGAACGCAGACAACGCUUUGAACAAGCAAACAGAAUACUAUGGAUAGACAAUCCGCAGAUGAACUUCAAUAUACUUCACCCACAGGCUAGUGCCUAUAUAGCGGCACCCCAGUUCUGGACACACAAACUCCCGAACCAUCACAUACACCCCCUGUUCGAUAUAGAUCAGGACUUGGACAAUCACAUACCCAUAGACAUUACACUCUCAUACAUUUGUAGUAGCGUAACCCCACCUGAUUUGAUCGGACGCUGGCGAAUAUGCUUGCGACAGAUAUGCAUUGACUUGAAGUUGAAUAGCUCAUAUAUUAACAUACACUCCGCUAUGAAACACCCUCCGCCCCGAACUCAUCCGCCUUGA